UUGAGUCUGGGUUGGGUGAUUGGCAGGUUGGAGGAGGAAGCCCGGAGGUACUCGCUAGUGAAAGGACUCGCCUGCAGGCCAAGUCUCUUGCAAUACCCUGCCUAAAUCCUGAGGGGAACAUGGCAGACGUCGUAAUUGGAGAUUGUGCAGACACCUGGGAAUCCCACAAUGCACAGCUGGUGGAGCCCCUUUGCACCAAUGACCCAGAGGUGUACGAGAUUAUUAAGAAGGAGAAGGAUCGUCAGAGGCUGGGCUUGGAACUCAUCGCCUCGGAAAACUUCGCAAGCCGAGCAGUGCUGGAGGCCCUGGGCUCUUGCAUGAACAACAAAUAUUCAGAAGGAUAUCCGGGGCAGAGGUAUUAUGGCGGCACCGAGUUCGUGGAUGAGAUGGAGCGGCUGUGCCAGAAACGAGCGUUGGAUCUGUAUUCCCUUGAUCCAGAGAAGUGGGGUGUCAAUGUCCAGCCAUAUUCAGGCUCGCCAGCAAACUUUGCCGUGUACACAGCUCUGGUGGAGCCACAUGGGAGGAUCAUGGGAUUGGACCUUCCCGAUGGUGGACAUCUGACACAUGGCUUCAUGACAGAGAAGAAGAAAAUCUCUGCCACAUCUAUCUUUUUUGAGUCCAUGCCAUACAAGGUGCACCCUGAGACAGGUUACAUUGACUAUGACAGGCUGGCAGAAAACGCUCGUCUCUUCCACCCGAAACUCAUCAUUGCAGGUGUUAGUUGCUAUUCCCGGAACCUGGAUUAUGCCAGGAUGCGGCAGAUUGCGGAUGAGAACGGUGCCUACCUGAUGGCAGACAUGGCACACAUCAGCGGCCUGGUGGCAGCUGGGGUAGUGCCUUCCCCCUUCGAGUACAGUGACGUGGUCUCCACCACAACGCACAAGACUCUCCGUGGCUGCAGGUCUGGUAUGAUCUUCUAUAGGAAAGGAAUCCGCAGCGUCGACCCAAAGACAGGCAAGGAGGUUAUGUACAACUUGGAAAGUCCCAUCAACCAGGCAGUCUUCCCUGGGCUGCAAGGUGGGCCCCACAACCAUGCCAUCGCAGGGGUCGCUGUGGCACUCAAGCAGGCAAUGACUCUGGAGUUCAAGGUCUACCAGAAGCAGGUUCUGUCUAACUGCAAGGCUCUUUCAGCUGCAUUGGUGGACCUGGGAUACAAGAUUGUUACUGGCGGUUCAGAUAAUCACCUAAUCCUGGUCGAUCUACGCAACCAAGGAACUGAUGGGGGCAGAGCUGAGAAGGUUCUGGAACAGUGUGCCAUUGCUUGCAACAAGAACACUUGUCCAGGUGACAAGAGUGCCUUACGGCCCAGCGGUCUGAGGCUGGGGACGCCAGCCCUCACUUCCCGUGGGCUGCAGGAGGAGGACUUCAAGAUAGUGGCGGCUUUCAUUCACAGAGGUAUUGAGAUAACACUGGAGAUCCAGAGGGACAUCGGGACGAAGGCUCCCCUCAAGGAAUUCAAGGAGAAAAUGCUGACUGACAAGAACUAUCAGAACAAAAUCACUCAACUGAGGGAGGCUGUAGAGAUAUUUGCUUCCAAGUUCCCAAUUCCGGGAUUGCCUGAUCUCUAAAUGUGUAGUCCAGUGAGGAAACAUCCAUCCAAAAGAGUUCAAUAAAAUAAAUUCCAACAGGGCCACUGAUUUUGGGCAGUCUCCUGCCCUCUUCUCCCGGGACCACUGCCUUAGGUCACCUCCUCAAGUCAACUUUGGUCUUAUUUACAGCAGCAAUAACUUUGAGCUCUGCCCCAUCCCCAAUGUCUCUUGCUCAACCAUUACCCACAGUGUGUUCAGCUGCCAAGGACCUGGGAUCCAGUAUAUGAAAAUCAAAAGACUGCAAAUGCUGAAAAUCAGAAAAUGCUGGAAAUAGUCGGCAGGUCAGGCAGCAUCUGUGGAGAUAGAACAGGAGUUAACGUUUCAGGUCAAAGACCCUUUGUCAGAAGGAUUAACUGUUUCUCUUUCGAUAGGUGCUGCCUGACCUGCUGAGCAUUUCCAGCAAUUUAUGUUCUUAUUACCUGAUCUCUAAAAUUCCUUCUGCAACUUCUUUGCCUCUUAACAUGCAUUCUUCAUUUUAGACAUUCCUCUCUCUUCAACCAAGUACCCAACUACUGACUUUUGGGCUCAAAACUCCAGUGAACCCAUGUAGGGCAUCAGAGGAUCAGGGCUUUGGAUGGGCCUUGACUGGUUGGGAGGAAGGAAGAGUCAUGGGGAAAGGAUUGUUACUGCAUUGCUGGGAGUAAGUGAAGGAAACAUACAAAGGUUCUAACACAGUGCUGAGAUAUUCAAAGUCUGGUUUUCCCAGAAGAUCCCAACAAUUGGUGCUCCCAGGACAAUUUAGUCUAUGUCCCCGUUAGCAGACUGUUCCAAAAGGAAUUUUGGACAUCAUCCUAUGCAUUGGUGACUUGCACUGGGAAGUGCCUGGAAUGUCCAGAGUGAUGCAAAGUGUUCUGGAAAUGGCUGUUACCUUGUUCCACUCUAAGGAAAAAUUUGAUUUUUAUUUGCAUAACACUGGAGAAAACAAGCAGCAUUAUGUGAAUGAAAAUUGACUUUUUUUCGGGGUGAACAGUGCAGACCAGGGUGGUCAUUGAAUCUGAUCCUAAUUAAUUUACUUGAUUUGAAGAUUUGUUUUGGUUCCCCAAUAAUGAAUCAUCAUCCUGUUUAGUGUUUUUUAUGAGAGAACACGUCUUGAUUAUUAGCACAGUCUAUUACUAGUUUAAAAUGGAAAGAGACAAUUCGUUAAAUAAUGUGACAACACUUCCCAUCAUAGCACUUACCUUUCUACCCUGGUCUUCUGAUUGUUUUGUCUCCUGCACUUCCCUCUUCCUACCUGUUCACCACCCUACACAUCCGGAUGGUACGGCUCUAACAGUGACUCUUUUUCCCCACCCCAAACACCAUCUAGAAGGACAAGGGCAGCAAGCACAUGGUAAGAUCACCUAUUAUUGCCAGUCUUACAUUGUUGCUGGGUUUAAAUCCCUUUGUUCCACUACUAUGGGACUACCUCCUCAAGAAGGAUGGCAGUUGUUGAAGAAGGUAGCUCACUGCCACAUUCUCAAGGACAAUUAGGGAUGGGCAAUAAAUGCUAGUCUUGCCAAUGCCAUCCACCUCUCCUGUGUAAAUAAUAGUGCUUUUUCUUCCUUCUGCAAAUGAGAAAUCAGUUACGUGUCCUGACCCUUCCUGAACCAGAUGUUGUUCCUACAGCUGUUAGCUCCCAGCUAGAGCUACAAAGGAACUGAGUGCACCUGACCUCUAUGGAGAUCAGCAGCUCUUAUCUCCCCUGCCCUUGAGGUCAAUAAUAUCUUUCAGUAGGUCAUUGGUGGAACUUUACAGAAUAUGUUGUUACACUUGGUGUUCACUACAAUUAAAAGAACAGAUCAAAGUGUAAGUUUUGUCAUGUUGAUUAUUUUUACCCAUCAUACAUCUUGAUUCUGUAGUAGUCUUUAAAGUACAAGAACUUGUUGCCAGGACUCGAGAGCCUGAGUUAUAGGGAGAAGUUGGGCAGGCUAGGACUUAAUUCAUUCGAGUGUAGGAGACAUCUAAAAUCAUGAAUACACCCAGUCUUUUUUCCCAGGGAAAGGGAAUCAAAAACUAGAGGGCAUAGGUUUAAGGGGAAAGAUUUAAAAGGGACCGUAAGGCCAACUUCUUCACACAUAGGGUGGCACAUAUAUAGAAUGAGCUGCCAGAGGAAAUGGUUGAGGCAGGUACAAUAGCAACAUUUAAAAGACAUUUGGACAGGUACAAGGACAGGAAGUUAGAGGGAUGUGGGUCAAAUGCGGGCAAAUGGGACUAACUUAGAUGGGCAAAUUGGGCAGAAGGACCUGGUUCCAUGCUGUAUGCUCCAACUCUAUGACUCUUUAACUUCAGUGUCAUUCAAGAACACGAAACAUCUGGGUUUUGGAUUGUAAGGUCAUGUCUCUGCUGAACUAUCAACAUUUGUUUUUUGUGGAAGGGUAUCAAGUGAUGCUGGGGAAAGGUAAAGCAUUGGAGGUGAUGCAGAUCAGUCUUGAAACAAAUGCUGUAGUUGGUCAACAAAGUGUGCAAACAGAAGAGGGAAACGUUUAAGAGGAACUUUGAAUGGAAUAGAAUGCAUCUCAUAAUUCUAUGUGGAACGGUUUAAGAGGAACAAUGGUAUCAACCAUUAACUGGGUGGCACAACCAGUAGAUCUGCUGCCUUACAAUGUCAGAGACCUGGGUUCAUUCCUGACUUUGUGGAGUUUGCAUGUUCUCCCUGUGACUGCAUGGGUUUCCUCUUAAGUGCAUUGGUUUCCUCCCACAUCCCAAGGAUGUGCAGGUUGAUAGGUUAAUUGCCUAGUGUGUUGGUGAGUGGUCGAAUCGUAUUCAAAGUCUGAAGGUCUCCUAGAGCCAAGAAACUGUUGCUCCUCAGUGACUGACCUGAACAUGUGCCGCUGGAUCUUGUUGACCUGACCCCCAACCUCCUCCCUCUUACAGGCAUACAGUGGUCCUGAUGGGAAGAGGCAAUCUUCCCGCAUCUCAGUCUCUGCGGUAGGGCUCCGCUGAGCACAGUUAAGUUUCUUCCCAAAACAGUCUUCCCCUCUGACACAGAGGCUGAGAGAUGGGAAAUCUUGGUAAGGGUGGGUUCCACCACUACAGUCUAUGUAGAGCCCUGCUGCAGAGGGAACCAGCAGAGUUCACCCACCAUCCUGCCAGUCAGUCCCAUCUUCCAUCACGUGUUCAUGCCUCACAGUGACAGAGAUUUGAUCUGGACCUCGGGUGCUGUCUGUGGAGUUUGCACAUUUUCCUUGUGACCCCUUAGGCUUUCUCCAGGUGCUACGGUUUCCUCCCAUAUUCCAAGCACGUGCGGGUUGGUAGGUUAAUUGGCCACUGUAUGUUACCCCAAAUAUGUAGGGGUGUGGUAGAAUCUGGGGAGAGUUGCUGGAUAAGUUUAAAAAGUGCGAUUAGUAAAAAUGGGUAGUUGAUGGUGGGUACAGACUCGAUGUUGUAUCUAUCUGGCUCUAAUUCAUGCAGCUUAAACAGCAAAAUGCCAGCAGGAUCUAGCCCAUAGUGUCAGGGUAACUUCACCAGAGCAGCAGGAUAAUAAGGUCAUCUCUGAUCCUCUAUCUUCAUUACCACUCUCUCAUAUAACUGUUUGAUCCUUGGGGCUACAAAUCGAUUCAUCUCCUCCUGAAAUGCACUUAACGACUUGGCUUCCACUAUCUUCUGUGGCAGAGAAUUCCACAGGUCCACCAUCCCAAGACAAAUC